AUGGAGUUGUGGUAUGCCAUAUCUACUGGAUGUCUAGCGCUGGUAUAUAUUUCGGGUAUUUUUUGCUGCAUAAUUACUAUUGUUGGAAGACGUAGAACGCUAAUGUACAAGAAUUCACUUGGAUAUAUUAUCAUGUAUAAAUCCGCCGCCAGUGCUAUGCUGCUUACUAUUCUUUUAUUUUGGACGAUCCCAUGUUGCAUAUGGCAUUUCGAUAUUAAAAACAUGGUAUUUAAUGCUCGUGUUGGCUACGCAAUCAUGUUCUUCAACACUCCGAUUUAUAUGUCGAAUGUGAUUAUUUCGGCGAAUCGACUAAUCACCGUAGCGAACCCGUCGAAAUCGUAUUUACUCUCAAAAGGACCGAUCAUACGUGUUCUAUCGAUUGUAUCUGUUAUUAGUUUAUUUUAUUCCUCUUUAUUUCUUAUCGAAGGAUGUUCGAUAUACUUUAACAGUGAGAGGUUACUUUUUGUUUACUCGAAUACGAAAUGCGGAGAACUUCUCGCUCUCUACGGCGACUUUGCAGCUGGUGUUACUAUGUUCAGCGUUUGUUUACUAAUGGAUAUUACGUCAAUAUGUUAUCUUCGUCAUAUGAGAAAUCGAGUCCUAAACACAUUAAGUACUGCUAAGAGAAAGCAACGUUUUCGUAUGGAGGUGGUUUUGACCGUACAGACGUUCGUUAACACAUCACUUUACUAUGUGAUGAUAUUUAGCUAUCAUUUUGGUAGCGAGUUAUUCAACGUUCAUCCUAUGAUAACAUUUUUAUCCACAAAUUUUCUUUGGUGUCUUGUUAUAGCAAGUGGAGGGUACACUGCAGUGCUGAUCUGUGAUGAAUUACGCGAUGUUAUCCUACAUCCUUCACAUCUUUAUAAAGGAAGGAAAAAUUCUCGUCAAAUUGUAGCCCGGACCGGUAUUGCUCGUUUCCACUAUGCGAGAUUCCAUUAUCCAAGAGAGAAUGUUGAAAUCCAGGAAGAACAGUGGGUGGUCACUUUUGCGAAGCGCAUCUAG